AUGUUGAUCAACCAUAGCAUUUUAAGAGUGGGCUUGUCCAGUGCGCUGAAAAGAUCCUUCUAUAGCACUCAGGCAGCAGCUGUGAGAUUGGUUCCGGAUCUUGUCUGCCCAGAAGAAACCGAAAAGCAUGUUGUUUCCAAGCAUUUGGUUGACAACUUCGACCGUCAUCACAAUUACCUUCGUAUAUCCUUGACAGAACGUUGCAAUCUACGAUGCACGUAUUGCAUGCCAGAAGAAGGAGUACCAUUGACACCCAACGACCAAUUGCUCAACACAGAAGAGAUCCUACGUCUUGCCAGACUAUUUGUCAGCCAAGGCGUUACUAAGAUCCGUCUCACUGGAGGAGAACCCACCGUGCGUCCUGAUAUCAUUGAAUUAGUGCAACAUUUAGGACAACUCAAACAACAUGGAUUACAAAGCCUCGCCAUGACAUCCAACGGCAUUGCCUUGAAAAGAAAGUUACCAGCACUUGUGGAAGGAGGCUUGGACACCUUGAAUGUGAGCUUGGAUACGCUGGAUCCACAUUUAUUCCAGAUCAUGACUAGAAGAAAGGGAUUUGAUAAAGUGACGGGUGCGAUUGAUGAAGCUGUACGGCUAGGGAUGCCACAUGUCAAGAUCAACACUGUGGUGAUGCGUGGCAUCAAUGAUCAGGAAGUGCUGAAUUUCGCCGCUUAUACAAAGGGAAAUCCUGUCAAUGUGAGGUUUAUUGAAUACAUGCCUUUUGAUGGAAACAAGUGGAAUCGAGACAAGUUGGUACCUUAUAGAGAAUUGAUGGAUCGCAUUGAGAGCAUGUACGGUAUAUUAACCAAGUUGGGCGAUGGCACGAACGAUACGACCAAGCAUUACCAAGUGCCCGGUUACCAAGGUAAAAUUGGGUUCAUCACAUCCAUGACAGAGCAUUUCUGUGGCACAUGCAACCGUUUACGUAUCACAGCUGAUGGCAACAUCAAGGUGUGCUUGUUUGGUAAUGCCGAGGUGUCCUUAAGAGACAUGAUGCGCCAAGGGAAGACGGAUGAGCAACUAUUAGAGAUCAUUGGAGCAGCAGUGAAAAAGAAAAAGAAGCAGCAUGCGGGUAUGUUUGAACUGGCCUCAAGGAAAAACAGACCAAUGAUUCUUAUCGGCGGUUAA